AAGCGUAGACAAAUCUGCUUGUGACCGAUAUCUUUUACGCAACAGACAGUCCUGACCAAGGGUGGAUAGUUUUUGUCAAAAACUAUCUAGUUAAGUUUAAAUAAUUUCGUAAAAAAAUGUUACGUCUCGUGGUAGGACGCAUUGGAUCCUCUCUAAGAAAUAUUACGAUACCUCGUACUACGAUUGUUGGUACUCAGUCUUAUAGAAAUUCGCACGGUUCUACUGAAUCUGAUGAAGAAUUCGAUGCACGAUAUGAAAGUUUUUUCAAUCGUCCGGAUAUCGAUGGCUGGGAGGCUCGAAAGGCAAUGAACGAUUUAGCUGGUAUGGAUCUGGUUCCUGAACCCAGAAUUAUCUGUGCAGCACUAAGAGCUUGUAGACGAGUAAAUGAUUAUGCACUGGCUAUUAGAUUCUUGGAAUCUAUUAAAGACAAAUGCGGUCCGUAUGUCAACACUAUUUAUCCAUAUAUUCUUCAAGAGAUAAGGCCUACCUUAGAUGAAUUGGGUAUCAAUACUCCAGAAGAAUUAGGAUAUGACAAACCAGAAUUAGCCCUUGUAGCCCCAUAUGAAAUGUAAAUAAAAAUGUAUUAAUUUCCAUUUUAGUAUUUAUACAUGAAAGUGCAUCUUUAUCAAGCUUGUUGUUCACAAAAAGUUGAACUGUAUUGAAUAAAAUGUACUUUCAAUAGAUCUA